GAAGUUUCUAAGUAUCGUGCUCAGCUCUUUGCAGAAUCUACGAAAGCGACUUACCAGACCCAUCGCGACACCUAUCUGCGUUUCUGCCACUAUAUGGGUUACAGCCCGGUCCCCGUUCAGCCUACACGUCUGCUGCAUUACGCGGCCUUCUUGGCCAGAAGUUUAAAAGCUGCCACAGUUCGAAGCUACCUAAACAUCAUCGGCAUCCUCCACAAGGAAUUUGGCCUGCCUCACCCGCUGCUUGACAACUGGCCACUGAGGACCCUGCUCACCGGCAUUAAUAGACAAAAAGGAUUAACAGUAAAUCAAAAACAACCAAUUACGCCCGCUAUGCUUUCUCAGCUCCAUGAUCGACUUAAUUUGGCAAAUAGCACCGACGCUUCUUUCUGGGCCACCUGUCUGGUGGCUUUCUAUGGUAUGUUCCGCAAAUCGCACCUUUUGCCUAUGGCCCCUCAUUUAUUUGACCCGCGUAAACAACUGACUAAGGCAGAUUUCAAAAUAUUCCCCUGGGGUACCCUGAUCACUAUUCGUUGGAGUAGACUAUCCAAUUUCGUGAACGGAUAGUGGAAAUCCCACUGCCUUGCAUCCCUCGCUCUAAGCUAUGUCCCACGGCCGCUGUCAUUAAUGCUUUUCGUUUUACAGCUACUGUCUCCACAACCGAUUCGCAGGCAUUUAACUGGUUAGACGAGCGCCAGGCCGCUAAGGUUUUCACGUAUAAUUCUUUUGUUUUGGUACUGCGCCGUCAUCUUGCGUCGCUCGGUUUUGAUCCAAAGCUUUACGCGGGGCAUUCGUUUCGCAGAGGAGGUGCUUCUUUCGCCUAUCACUCAGAGGUACCCAUUGAACUAAUUAAAGCUCUCGGCGAU